AUGAGCAGAAGCUACAGCACGAAGCGCCACAGAAGGGUAACCUAUGACACCGAUGUGCUGAAGACGUUUUGGGAGAAAAAAAUCGAGCUUCACAUGGAACAACUGCAAAAGGAGGACAUGAGGAUCCGCAGGAGCGCCCUGGACAGGCUCCGCGACGACUGGGCUCGGCAGCUGGAGAGGAGGAACCAGAUGCUGCAGAGCUCCCAGGAGGCGCCCCCGCGGCCAGCCCCGCCGGGCACCCCCGCCCUGCGCUCCGGGGACCAGCCAAAGGCCUGA